UUGAUUUUCGCCAAACUUCAACUUUUUUCUCAGCGUCCCAAUGUGAAGUUUUUUCUACAUUUCGGAAAUAUUGUCUGUUUGCCCCAAAAUGAAGUUGUUUUUAUCCUUCAUAUGCAUUUUAACGACUCUACUCGCAGUACCAGACCUGGUUAGCGGCAACUGGCGGUACCGCCGACAAGACGAAGGCGAGCCCGCCGAUGCCGCCGCCGCCGCCAAGAAAAUGUGCGCCAAGUGCGUGUCCGCGGGCUGCAAAGGCGCCCGCAGCGACACGAUGGACUGCAGCGCGGACAAGAUGAGCGCACUAGGCCUGAAAGAUGACGCCAAGAUGGUGUGGGACAACGCGACCGCCGACGCCGCCGAGGACUUCGACAACCCGGAGAAGUACACCCACUGCCUGAUGCUGCAGCUGAAGGACGGGGACACGAACAAGGCCGAGAUCAGGGGCUGCGUGCCCGAGAAGGUCACCGUGGGGGAGGAGGAGAAGGAGGUGUGCGCGCUGAUGACGGGGAAGGUCAAGAAUUUGGUGUGCAAGGUGUGUCCGUCGGUGGAGGUUCCGUGCAACAACGAGACGAGCUUGUACGACGGGGAGGCGACGGGGGCGGCGCACAGGCUGUCGCUGGACUCGAGUAUCUACUUUUGGAUUUUGUCGGCGGUUUUAGUCAAAAUACUAUUGUAAAGGCUUGUCCGGGUUGUAGAGAAAUUUUUUGUGUCUUUGAGGAAUAAAUUUUUGUUAAUAUAUUGCAAA